UACAGCGGUUUUCUCAGACAGCGGUUAUUUUCUAAGUCGUUCCCAAUCCCCCGAAUGAUCCCAUUUCAUAAAUUUCCAACUUUCUUCGACAACCAAGGCAACGCUAAAAUCUUGUAAACUUACUUGGUUAUAAUUACCAUUUUAACAUGGCAGUGGAUUUCAGAGUUGUUGCUGUGCUAUAUUAGAUGCUUUAUUAUCGUCAUGAAGGAUGGUGAAACAAGGAAUUCAGAUUUAUGCCAGGGCAAAGCCGACAAAACAAAAAGCAGGGCUUUAUGAAGCUUAUGAAGAUGAGGGUGGAGGUUCCUGUAUUGCCUUCACUGUGCCAAAAGAUCUGGCCGAUGGUUACAUCAAUAACAAGAAAGAAGUAUAUAAAUUUAGGUUCAACAAAGUCUUUGAUCAGGACUGCAAACAGGACGAGGUUUUUGAAGAAGUAGCACAAGGAGUUAUAGACAAGUAGGUGUAAAACAUUAUUGAGUUUUAGUUUGUGCUGGAACUGCUUUUAUUAAUAACUAGUAAAAAUUUUGAAUAAAAUUAUUUGGUCCCUUUAUUUGCUCCUUGAUUAGCUCAUAGUAAAAUACAGCUGUGAUGAUCAAUGGUGUACAUGUAGUUUGAAUCCAACCUCACGUAAUUUAAGCCUUGUAAAGAAACAGAAGUGGGUGGCGUGGUGACCUCAUGGUUAGUAUGCUUGUCUUCAGAUCAAGUAGUCGGGUUCGAACCCUGGCUGGAGAUUUUGUGUUGUGUUCUUGGACAAGACACUUUACUCUCACGGUGUCUCUCUCCACCCAGGUGUAUAAAAUAAUGGGUGCCAGUGAACUUAAUGGUGGGGGUAAGUUCCCUGUAAUGGACUAGCAUCAUGUCCAGGGGGAGUAGAAAUACUCCUAGUUGCUUCAUGCUACAGAAUU